GCGGUUCCCUCCCGCGAGCACGUGCGUCUCUCGUUCUCUGUGGCGGCGGCGCCUCCCGCGUGUGUCGGUUAGCCGUCGUGGUGUAACUAUUAUUAUGAUAGUUGUUAUGGUUGUAUCGACAAGCGCCUCAGCCUCGUGACGUGUCGUGCGUUGCAGGAGCUAUUCGCCUCCGCGAUCGUGUAGGUCCUCCCGAGGAGCAGCGAGCCGGCGCUUCAGUGUUGGCGAGGCGAGUGUCCAGUGCCUGAGGACCGUGCCUAAGGGAAUCGAACUGAGCCUCAGUGGCGCUGCUGUGACCGAGUUGAACCUGUGACACUGAGGACCCCGAGUGAGCCAGGUUGAGCUGGGCGCGGCGCCCCUACGCCCACGCCAUGGACUAGCCGCGAGGCGAUGUGAGCCCCGAGAGCGCCCGCUCGCCUUCGUCCGCGGGAUCGCCUCCUGCUGGCGUCCCCCUGGGUCCCUCCCGCGCGUCCCUCGGGGCCCCUCCUGCAGCGGGGCCCCGCCUUCCCCUCUCCCUCCCUCGGAGGCAUGAUGGAGAGCCUGGAGUUCCGCGAGAAGCUGCUGUACCCGGGCAUCACGCCCACCAUCCACUGCCACACCUGCAAGCGGCAAGGCAAGCGGCGGGCGGCGAGGCCCGUGUCCUCCCCGCCCGCGCCCGCCUCCGCCGCGGGUCUUCUCCUCAACGGCGAGCCACACACCAAACACAGUGAAGAACAGAAUGAAAAUGGCGAGUUGGUCAAGCUCAGCGAGGAGUCGCUCAUGCGGCAGCCGGAGGAGGUUUUCGACAUCAUCUGCAAACUGGGCGAGGG